CAAAUAUAAUGUUUUAAUACAAACGUGACGUAUAAAAUACAGACAUGUCACUAUAUGAUGAUUUUGAUAAACAUAGAACCUCCGAAAAGGUGGCUGGAUGGUCAUCAAGUAUCAAAUUGUUACAAUCCCAGUUACAAUUAAAAAAAGCUGCUACUACGCAGCCCAAACGUGAACAAUAUAGAAAAGCCACAGCAGUAUUAGCACCUGUGAUUGAUUUGAAAUCAAAAUCAAAUAGAAAUGUGGAUAGAGAAGAUGAGGGGCCACAUAGUAAUCCUCUUUCUUCCAGUAGUGUUGGUAGUAUUGGAAUAGGUGGCGAAUUCGAUUGGAAUGUAAUAAAUGAAUAUGAUCCUAUGUGGCCUAAUGAAUAUGAUAAAGUUGUUAAGGAAUUAAGAGACUUGCGAGAUAGAGAACAUGAUCAAGAAACUGAAAUGCGUAAGAGAAGACGUGAUAGCUCACGUUUCGAAGAUACACAGACUUCCUCUGGGAAUAACACAAUGAUUGCUCCUGAGAGAGAUGAAGAAAGGACUCCAACAUCUAGAAGUGUGGCAGGUGGAGCAGCUAUUGCACCACCACCCUCUUUGCAAGAACCUACUGACCUUCCACCUCCAGCACCAAGGCAAUCAACUAACAUGGGAUAUGCAACAUCAUCCGUGGCAGCAAAAAUAAUGGCCAAAUAUGGAUUUAAAGAAGGUCAAGGGCUUGGGAAAAAAGAACAAGGAAUGUCUGUUGCUUUGCAAGUAGAGAAGACUAGUAAAAGAGGUGGAAGAAUUGUUGGAGAAAGGGAACAACUUAUGCCUCCACCACCACCUGUUGCAGUUUCUCCACCUCCAUCACAACAAGCUCCUCUACAGCAGCCUUCCGAAGAGCCUAGUAUUACAGAAAUAAUGAAAUGUCCGAGCAAGGUCGUUCUGUUGCGCAAUAUGGUUGGUCCUGGAGAGGUGGACGAGGAUCUUGAACCUGAAGUAAAAGAUGAAUGUAACACAAAAUAUGGUGAUGUUGCACGUGUUAUUAUUCAUGAAGUAGCAGAGGUUGUUCCAGAAGAAGCUGUUAGGAUCUUUGUAGAAUUCAAAAGGAUAGAAAGUGCUAUUAAAGCUGUUGUUGAUUUGAAUGGACGGUUUUUUGGUGGAAGACAAGUUAAAGCAGGUUUUUAUUCCAGUGAGAAACUCGACAAUUUACAAUUAAUGGACUAACUUCUUAUUUAAUAAAUGC